AGGAAAAUGCUGAUCAUACUCCAUGUAUUGCUGUUACUCAGAGCGGGACGUUGCACAGACGAUCUGAUCUUUGAGACAAAGGUUGUUGGUGUUGGAGAUGAUGUGAAUUUGACGUGUGCUCGCCAAGAAUCUGAUGAUGCUGACUUAUAUUGGAUCAGGCUUGUUUCUGGAGAUUUCCCUGAACUCCUGGGAGGAACAUUUACCUUUGAUCACGAUGGUGUUAAUUCAGGUCGUCACAUUACAACAAAACAAGAGCCUGGAACUUUUCUUCUGCAUAUUAGUAAAACAGAGCGAAAUGAUACUGGAUUUUAUUACUGCAUAAAAGUGGAAGUACUCGACAUGAAAUUUUUGACAGGAACAUUUCUGAGAAUUAAAGGACCAGAACCAGAAAUCUCACCCGUCAUUCAAGUCUCUCCAUCUGAUCCAGUCCAUCCAGGAGACUCAGUGACUCUGCAGUGUUCAGUCCUCUCUGACUUGAAGACGAAAACAUGUGCAGGAGAUCACAGUGUGUUCUGGUUCAGAGCUGGAUCAGAUGAAUCUCGUCCCAGUUUAAUUUAUACUCAUGGAAACAGUAGUGAUCAAUGUGAACAGAGUCCUGAAGUUCACUCUCCACAGAAAUGUGUCUACAGCUUCUCUAAGAGCGUCAGCUCCUCUGAUGCUGGGACUUAUUACUGUGCUGUGGCCACAUGUGGACAGAUAUUAUUUGGAAAAGAGUCAGAACUGGACACUAAAGCUCUGUGGGAUUUACAGACGGCCAGUACGCUUCUGAUUCUGUUAUGUGCUGCUUUGGUUAUAAGUCUGAUCGUUAUUGCCAUCCUGAUUUAUCUCAUCAAGAAGAAAACUUGUGAUUGUUGCAAAGCUGCAGUUUCUCUGCAAACAGAUUCUGCAACAGCCAGUGGUAAUCAGAAAAGUCAUCUGAGAGAUGAGGACUCAUUGGUUUAUUCUGCACCAACGUUCACCAGUCGGAAAGCUGGUAAAGCAGAGAGAAGGAACACAAGAACAGCAGAAGGAGAGACAGUCUACACUGAUGUCAGGGCUCUGCAAUAGAUUAGCAGCAGUUUUCUUGUUCUUUGAAGCUGAUAUAAUUUAUGUCUGUCACACUGUGGGAAAUCUACUGCUUCACAUCAAUGUCACAUCUGAUGUUGGUAUAUUUUAUUUUGUGUGUUUUGUGUGUUUUUUCCUUUCCAUUUUUUGUCUGUCUCCUUUUGUCUGAUAUACACUUUUAUGGCUCUUAAAUGUGCAUCAGAUUCAUGUAAAACAGUUGUAUUAAAUGAAACUGAUGUUUGUGUAAAUGUGUUUCUUUCUUCCUUAAAACACAAACAUACAUUGUUCAUUUUGACAAUGAGUUUAGUUAUAAUCACUGAAGGAAUUAACAAAUAAUAAUAAAUA